GCCGCUUCCAAGAAUGCCUCGGGGGAGCUCUUCGGAGCUAGCUGAGAGCGGAUCGCGAAAGACGGCUAGCGACGAGCCUGGGCCCGGAACUACGGAGCGGGAAUAUGUGGACAGCACAAUAAAUCAGACAAAUACGCCGCUAGCGCAGCCCACAGGACCGAGGCCGAGCCGAUUGACACAGCCCAGAACAAGCAAGUCGAGAGCUCUCGAACGACUCCUGGCCGAUCCAAAUCGGGUGCAGAGAAGCGGAGAUCGAGGCGAAAACAGGAAGGCGGGACUUCCAAGUCAGAGCUCCCGAGGCGAAAGGACUGGCUCGCCUCUAACAUCCGUACCUGUGUUGCGUGGUGGGACGGAAAUCUAGUCGAUAUUCGAUGGCGCGCGUGAGACCCGGAUGUGCCCAUUUUCGGUGUGCAAUAAACGUCUACCCCCCUGUCUUGUCGUUCUCGCUACACUGGUGCCGUGACCAAUCGCGAUGGAGUUGACCCGGUUGGAGCAAUUUGCGGCCGGUGACGUGGAGGCGUGGCUCGAUGAGUUCGACGGAAUUGCGGCUUGCACGGGUGUGAGGGGGGAUGCAAAUUUGCUAAUUGCUUUGGGCACACGGUUGAGUGGACGAGCCAAGGCGGUGUAUCUGCUCACUCGAAAGGCCAAACCCGGUUGUUCGUUCGCUGAGAUGAGGGCUGCCUUGUGUGCAGAAUUUGGGAAGGAUCUGGAGAGAGAACGAGCACUGCAACGAUUUCACGCAGCCAGAUGGGACGAACAGGAGGAUUUGAUGGUGUUUUUCCAGCAGCUGGACAGACAUCUAACGAUUGGGCUCCCCGAGUUAGAGGGUAACGCAAGAGAGCGCCUACUGAAACAGCAGUUUAUCCGAAGUCUGCCCGGUCCACUCCAUGAUCAGGUGAAAUUGGCGUCGAUGGUGGGAGACAGCAAAGCGUUGGAUCUGGUGACGGUCGCCCAGAAUUUGUCGGAACAAGUGACAGUGAGAAGCAUCCAGCAUGCUGAGUUGGAACAGAAAGUAAAUCGCCUAUCCGAAAUGGUGGAGCAGCUGUUGUCGAUAGAGUCUUCAAGCACCACUUCACAACGCAAUGUACGGGUAAUCCGGAACGGUCGCCGCUGUUUCCGAUGCAACCAGAGUGGUCAUGUGGCGAGAUUCUGCACCAACGUCAAUGUGCCCCAUUGUUUCUCUCUAUCCAUGCCGAGUCGGUGGCGAGUACCAGUCCUCCAGGUAACUAUAGAAGGUGUGUCUGUCCGAGCCAUAGUAGACACAGGAGCGGCAGUGUCAAUUACGAAGAGGUUCAAUGGGGUUCCAGUAAACCCAUCUUCAAUCACGAUGCAGACGGUCGGCGGGCAUUCUUUGAAAGUGACGGGCACGCAGCGGUUACGAAUCAGGAUAGGAGAAACGCUCAUCAGCCAUGACAUGUUCAUCGUGGAGGAGACGACCGAAACCAUCAUCGGAACCGACAUCCUGAAACGGCUCGGUGUCACAAUUGACCUGAAAAACGAUGUGGUGAUCGUGGCUAACGAGACGAUCGAG